AAUGCCCUGAUCCAUCCAGGUCUAAAAUACAAGAUGUCUUACAUAUGUGCCAGCAGUCUUACUCAGUAUUACAUAUUAAAACCAUUUUAUAUCCAUGGGAACCCAGUCAGCUACUCAUACAUCCAGACCCUAGUUCUGCUGUUCCUUGGCUUAUAGAGGUCAGAGCAAUCCCUCUCCUAAGCUUCAGUUGCUGUAUUCAUAAGGUGGCUUCUCCAGGUGUCCUGCUGCCCAGCUUUCCCUCCUGGUAAGGGCGGAGGAGCUGCCUGUUGGUAGGGAGCACAGCUCAGCAUCCUGUACUUGUGAAGCAGUGGCUUCCUUAAUCUCCAUAGUAACCCUGUGCUGGGAGGGAAGGGAGGGCUGUGCUGGGCCUGGGUUGCUAUCCUAUCAGGGUUGAGCUUGGGGACCCCAUGAUAUUCAGCACUGGGCUCUGACUGCCCCUGAAGAUAUAGUGCCACCCAGGACCUUAGACACCUGGGGAUCUGAGGGCCCCCACUCCAGGGAGGUGCUGGGUGGGGGUGUGGCCCUUUCUACUUCACACAGCUUCUGCAGAAGUGCCCUUCCUGACCCUCUUGCUCUUCCCUGCCUUGGGGCAGCUGUGGCCAUGGCUGAGAGAGUGCUGGCACCCACCCAGAUGGGCCGGGGAGACCGCUACUAUACAUAUACUGAGCUCCUGGCCAUUUCUCGGCGCUUCAAGCAGAACCCCAACGAGCUUAUGAUCACCUGGAUCCUGCGGGUGUAUGACCAGGGGGGCCCAGCUCUGUCCUUGAAUUCCGGGGAGCUGGCACUGCUGGGUGACCUAACCCAUGAUGCCAUCUUCAACUACCACUGCAAGACGCUGCGGGGUGGCUGUAAGACACUGCUCACCUGGCUACUACAGGCCUGGCGCCAGCGCUGGGAAUCCUUCCUGCACUUUGAGGCCACUGAACUGCCUUUCCGUCCCUGGACCACUAUGGAGGAGGGCAUCCAGCUGGUGCGUGAGCUGGGCAUGCUCGACUGGAUCUACCGUGAGCUGCCUUCGCCACUCUCACCUCCUGAGCCCGAAUAUGCAGCGCCAGAGGACGUGCCUUUCACUCAGGGCCUGCAGAGACGCCUGCUUACAGCUGCGCCCUCAGAACUGCGGCUCUCACUGGUCAGCCUGCUGGUCAAGGGCAUGACCGUGCUGGAGGCCGUGAUGGAGAUCCAGACAAUUGCUGAUGUAGGUUUGCUGUGGCGCCAGAGCCAGCCAGGCCGUGCCAAGCUCAUGCUGGGGCCUAACCCCACACGCAAGGACCUCACCGGCUGGCUACUCAGCCAUGGGGUGCCCAGGGAGAGAGUGGAUAAGCAGCCCACCAAGGUCCUCCUGGAGCUGUACAUCAAAGAGGCCAAGCGCAGCCGCAGCCAGCCAGUCUAUGGGCUAGGAGAGGAGCAGCCGCCUCCACCUCCCUACUCUGACCAGGCCUGUGGGGAGGAGCCGCCCAUACGCCAUGACUAGCCCCUUCCAGUGAGUGGGGUGAGAGGCCAAACUCCAGAAGAGCUGCUUUCAGCCCAGAGUUCAGGGAGGACCUUUGCCUACACCUUUCCCAUGUAACUCAAGCAGUUGUAGGUCAUGUUCGGAGACCCUUAAAAAGAAAGGGGUGUCUUGUCCCUGGCUACUCCAGUUGCAGAGAUGUUAAGGGAGUAGCUACAAAAACAGCCACUUGCCCAACUGGGCCUUGGAGUGGGUUGUGCCAACUUAUCUUGGCCUGGCUGCAGGGUGAUUGGGCACAGUAGUGGACUCACCCUCAGCCAUUUGAGCCCCAAAGCACUAGGGGCCAAUUGAAUACCCCAUAGCCUAUAAUACCUGGCAUCUUGUUUUUACUUUUUUUAGGUUUUAGAGGCAAUAUUUUUACUUAAUAUGUUAAGCAUGUAUGACAUUUUGGUUUUAGUGAAGGUCAUUGCCUUUUCUAACUAUUGUAAUGCUUCCAUUUUAAGGUGUGCUUUGCUGAGUGCCUCCCAGGGAGGGGCAGCCAUCCCUCCAGGUGGGUCUGGUUUCUCAAAUUUGUACAUCUGGCCUUGGGCCAGUGUCUGAGGUAGGUUUAGGGGGAUCUGAACCAGGAUCACAGGUUUGGGGACAGCUGGUGGUGCUGUUUUCACAGGUACCCAAUAAAUGGUACGCAUAUCA